AUGAGUGAAGAAAGCAAGAUCCCAGGUCACUAUUUUGUGUUGUCACUUCUGAAGAAUCUCUUCUCUAGAACAUUACGAGCCUCUAACAACGUUCCACGCCAUGUAGGGUUUAUUAUGGAUGGUAAUAGGAGAUGGGCUCGCAAGAAUGAUAUCGAGGUGAAGGAUGGCCAUGAGGCAGGGUUCCAUAGUAUGAGUCGUAUCCUUGAGUUAUGUUAUGAAGCUGGUGUUCAUACUGCCACGGUAUAUGCUUUCUCUAUAGAAAAUUUUAAGAGAUCCAAAUAUGAAGUCGAUUCUUUGAUGGAUUUAGCACAGAGGAGAAUUAGACAAAUCACUGAGAAUGGUGAAUUAACGGAUAAGUACGGGAUACGAGUUCGUGUCAUUGGUGAUAUAUCCUUAUUGGACAAAGAUGUGCUGAAGGAUAUCCAAGAUGCUACAGAGAGAACGAAAAAUAACACAAGGGCUACAUUAAAUAUUUGCUUCCCAUAUACAGGACGUGAAGAAGUUGUGCAUUCAAUGAAGGAAGUCAUUACAGAAAAUUAUCCAUUAGAAGAGAUCAAUGAAGGUUUGAUCGAUUCACAUCUAUACACCGGUGGAUUACCACCAUUAGAUUUGUUGAUAAGGACUAGUGGUGUGUCUCGUCUAAGUGAUUUCAUGAUAUGGCAAGGGUCUAAAAGAGGUGUUACAAUCGAAUUAUUAGAUUGUCUAUGGCCGGAGUUUGGUCCCUUGAAAAUGGGUUGGAUUCUACUUAAAUUUGCAUUCAAAAAGUCAUACUCUAAUAAUAAGGAAGUCAUCGAUGAAGAUGAUGGCGAGGAAGAUGAAGAAGAUGAAGACGAAGAAGGGAGUGCUGACAAAAAGAAAUAUACAUAG